AUGACACCGGUCAAUCCCACCACCACCGCACCACCUCUGUCCCUGGAAGAGGUCCUGCACGUUUACCUACGUUGUUUCGACGCCGCCGCUGACGCCGCCCCACGAGCCUCAGCCGCAUACGCACGGGCGUACAGAGCCAACUCCGUGCCAUUCAAAGUGUGGCAAGUCUGGUCGACCGAAGACCUGAAGACCGACCCGCCCAAAAAGCUUGAACGCUUCUCCUUCCUGCCGCCGGGGCUCAACGAAGCACUCGCGCGGCAAAACAUGUGUGAUUGGUUCUGCAUGGUCCUCGAGGAGGAGGUGGAUAAGAAGGUCGGGGAAUUGUUCCGUGGGCGCGCAGAAUGGCUGAGAUGUUGGCCGAGGGUCAACUUCAUGACGUCUUGGCGCAUUCUGAGGCAUAAGCCCGUCGCGGUGCUAAUGCACUCGGUCCUGCGAGUCACGACAGAAGACGGCCAGAGGGUGGUCAUGGACGGUACCCUGAGGCAAUUUCGUUGGGCGCAGUCGACUUGGCUCCAAACACGGACACAGUGGUGCGCCAAACUCCUAGACACCACCAAGGGGGACAAUGGCUGGCAUUUCGUUUCGAGCGAAGCGAAGCAGAAGGUAUGUGAGUACUCUGUGGAUGUAGCAGAGGGUUACUGGGCUACUAUCUUCUGGAGGCUGAGGGAGUUGUUCCAAGAGCUGGACUGGAUGGAGUUGAGGAGACGAGAGAAGGAUGAGCGUAUCGAGUACGUCGACGAGUUGGCCCGAGCAAAGUUUGCAGACCUUCUCGUAAAGGCAUUCGAUGUCUGA